GAUGAGAAGACGGCGACUAUUAAAAUGUUGAUAACUUAUGUGAGAGAUCUUCCCAACAACAAUGAAAAGGGCAGAUAUAUGGCACUGGAUUUGGGCGGCACUAACUUCCGGGUCAUUCUCAUUGAUUUGAACACAAAAGAGGCCAAAAUGGAGAGCGAGAUCUUCAAAAUUCCCGAUCAGUUAAUGGCCUCCGACGGGGUUUUAUUGUUUGAUUUUAUCGCCGACUGUAUCACACAAUUCGCGGCAAAACACAAAUUAGACACAAUCCGAAUAGCGCUGGGCUUCACGUUUAGCUUCCCGUGCGUUCAGUACGGCCUGAGUCAGGCCAAACUGGUCACGUGGACAAAGGGCUUUCGGUGCCCUAAUGUGGUGAACAGGGAUGUCGUCAAACUGCUCAAAGAGGCCCUCAAAAGAAAGUCUCACGUUUCCAACGCUUUUGUCGAUAUCGUGGCCCUAAUCAACGACACGACCGGUACACUCAUGUCGUGCGCCCAUAAGAAUCCGGACUGCAAUGUGGGCCUAAUAGUGGGGACGGGAACUAAUGCCUGUUAUAUCGAAAAGCUGGAAAAUAUUGAGAAGUGGCCCUCAAAUUACGGCGAACCCAAUCAAGUGGUGAUUAACACUGAAUGGGGAGCCUUUGGCGACAAUAAUGUGAUCGAUUGGUUGCGAACGAAAUGGGAUAAAGAGAUUGACUCCAAGUCUGUAAAUAAGGGAAAGCAGGCGUUUGAGAAGAUGGUGUCCGGACUCUAUUUGGGAGAAUGUGUUCGUCUCGUCCUUUUGUCCUUAAUUAAAGAGAAGUUGUUAUUCAAAGGCCAGACUCCGCCCAAUCUCUUGAAUAUGCAUUCAUUAUCGGCCAAAAAUGUUUCAAAGAUAGACCAGGACUUUGAAACGGGAAGAUUUACCGAAACUCAAAAACUGUUAAAUAGAGAUUUUACCAAAGAGUAUACGAUAACAGAUCUUCAUAUAAUCAGUUUAGCCAAUAGUCGUGUGUCGAGACGGGCCGCACAUCUGGUGGCCGUCGGCUGUGCGACACUUCUUAAUCGCAUACAAAAAGAGCGAAACACAAUAGCAUUUGACGGAUCAGUUAUCAAACUUCACCCGCAUUUCAAACGUUGGGUUAAAGAGAAGAUUUCACAAUUGGUUAAACCGGAAAUCAAAUUCAAUUUAAUGUUAUCGGAAGACGGGAGCGGAAGGGGAGCCGCUAUUGUGGCCGCCGUUUCAUAUCGUAGCAAAAGACCCAAACUUAUUAAAAAAGAUAAGAAAGUCUACGAAAUCGAGACUUAUAUUCAUUAA